AUGAAAUCGUUCUUUGAUCUCGAUAGUCUUCUACUCUGGCAUUAUGCUCGCGACUAUACCAAUGGAAACCACGGCUUGGCAAUGACCUUUUUGGGCCUCACCGUAGGAUUAAUCGUUUUGCUAUGCGCACUCUUGCCAGACAAACAAAAACUCGUUCCUGGUGUUCUAGUCGUUGGUGGGAAUGCUAAACACAGCAUCAAGGCAAAUCGAGAGCGGUUUCGCCAAAAUGCAAAGGAGAUGCUUCAAGAAGGGUACAAGCGCGCGAAAGGCGACUUCUUCUACGUCCCCAGUCCACUAGGAGAACGUCUGAUGAUUCCCUCGAAAUACUUAGAGGAGCUCAAGACGGCCCCAAUCGACCAGGUAGACUUUGUUGCUACGUUUAUCGAGAUGUUCGAGGGUAAGUACACCACCAUGGGGACCGACGUAAUGCCGGCAGUGCAGAAGGAAAUAGUUGACGCAUUCAAUGACACAUUUCCUGCUUGUGAAGAUUGGACGCCCGUCCCUGUCGUCCACACAUUGACGCAGAUUGUGGCAAGAGUCUCGAGUUGUAUGUUCGGUGGCACCACUCUAUCUCACAAUCGAGAAUGGGUACAAUCAUCUAUCGACUUCGCCAUUGACGGCUUCAUUGGCGCUCAGAAGCUGAAAAGAUAUCCCGAGGUCCUAAAGCCAUUUGCAGCUCGUUUCAUUCCGGAGAUUACCAAGAUCGCCGGCCAUUACGCCGCUGCAGAAGCUGCAGCUAUUCCACUGCUCGAAAGUCGCCUUCGCACUGGAGAUAAAGCUGAAGAUCUUCUAUAUUGGAUGGCCGAGCAGGCGAAAGGCGAAGAGCGUGACAUGGCAUUCCUGGCCAGUAUUCUCUUGAAGCUCAUUUACGACCUAUGCGAACGUCCUGAAAUCAUUGAAACAUUGCGGGACGAAGUCGAGAGCCUUACUGGCAACGAUGAUUUGAUAACAAAAUCGGGCUUCUUGAAAAUGGCGAAGAUGGAUAGUUUCAUGAAAGAGAGCCAAAGGUUUAAUCCUCUCCUUCUAAUCACAUUCGAGAGAGUGGUUCACCGGCCUUUUACACUAUCCUCCGGGUUUACAAUUCCAGCUCAUACCACCAUUGGGAUUCCAACACAAGCUAUCACAAUGGAUGAAUCUCUUUAUCCGGACCCUGAAACUUUUGAUGCGUUUCGUUUCGCCAGGAUGAGAGAAGAGCGCUCGGAUAUGGACGGUCGCGCCCAGUAUGUCGCGUCGAAUCCGACAUCUUUGAGUUUUGGCUACGGGCGCCAUGCUUGUCCAGGACGCUUCUUUGCGGCUCAUGAGAUCAAAGCCAUAAUGGCCCAUCUGUUGAAAAAUUACGAGAUGCGAUUUACACAUGGACAGGGACGCCCGCAAAGUGUACGAGCGGAAACACAAUAUCUACCGGACCCAUGGGCGACUGUGGAGUUCAAGAAGAGACUCUAG